AUGAUUCCCCUCAGCCCAGACGGAACAUUCCUUUUUGAGAUACUCCACAUCCUAGCCCUUGCACGCUACAAUGGUGCAGACACUGGUGAGGUUCUUGAAGCUGCCGACCACAUCAAACCAGGAAAUAUGGAAAGUUUCCUCGAUGCCUUCGCUGAGCUCGCUUGGCGCGUUCUAACGUAA